AAAAAAAAAGGGGGCAAUUUUUUUUGUUCUUUUCUUGAAGCUUUUAAAGAAGAAAAAAAUUAAAUUGUAAUGUUCGGUAUACUUGCACCACAUCUUAAAGAAUUUACAGAUGAUCUUAGUGAUGAAAUUAAAUAUCAAAAAAUUAAACAUGGUGUAAAAGAUGUUAAAGAAUUCUUAGAAAAACUUGCUAAUAGAGGAAAAGUUGAUCCUUUAAGUAAUGAUUUUGCUAAAUAUCUUGAUGAAAAUGAUAAAUUAAAAUAUUUGAGAUACGAAUUUACUAUCCCUAAAGCUCGUGAUAUUGUUAGUGAUGGUGUUGAGGCAUUGAGUCCUGAGGAUGAUUCAGUUUAUUUUUGUGGUAAUUCACUUGGAUUAAUGCCAAGACGUACAAGAGACUUGGUUAAUCAAGAACUUGACGUAUGGGCUUCAUCAGGUGUUGUUGGUCAUUUUAAGCAUAAACAUAAACGACCAUGGAUAUCCAUUGAAGAUAAUGUCAUAGAUAAAAUGGCAGAGAUUGUUGGUGCUAAACCUAUUGAGGUUGCUGUUAUGAAUACUCUUACUUCGAAUUUACAUUUACUUAUGGCAUCAUUUUAUACACCAACUACAAAAAAGAACCGAAAAAAGAUUUUAAUUGAGCCAAUGGCUUUUCCAUCGGAUCUUUACGCUGUGGAAUCUCAAAUUAGAUUUCAUGGAUUAGAUCCUGCUAAAGAGUUGAUCAAAGUGACACCACCUGAAGGAGAAAACGUUGUUCCACUUGAUAAUAUUCUCAAGAUUAUUGAAAAAGAAGGUCAUACUAUUUCUUUGGUAUUAUUUAGUGGAGUUCAUUAUUAUACCGGACAAUUCUUUAAAAUUAAAAAGAUCACUGAAGCUGCUCAAAAGAAGGGAUGCAUUGUAGGACUCGAUUUAUCUCAUGCCGUUGGUAAUGUUGUCCUUAAACUUCAUAAAUGGGGAGUUGAUUUUGCAGCGUGGUGUUCUUACAAGUAUUUGAAUUCUGGGCCUGGCGGUAUUGCUGGUAUAUUUCUCCACGAAAGACAUGCUAAUGAUUUCAAUCGUCCAAGAUUUGCAGGAUGGUGGGGAUCGGACAGAGGGACAAGAUUUCAAGUGGAUCAACAAUUUAAACCAAUUCCUGGAGCAGGAGGUUUUCAAGUAUCUAAUCCGUCAGUAUUGAAUAUGGUAUCGUUAAUUGCAAGUUUAGAACUAUUUUCUAAAACAAGUAUGGUACAUUUACGUGCAAAAUCCAUUUUAUUAACUGGAUACUUAGAAUAUCUAUUGGAUAAGCAGGUAAAUGGAUUAGGAUUUAAAAUAAUUUCGCCCCGUGAUCCGCAUCAGAGAGGGUGUCAACUUUCAUUAAAAUUUCUUGAUAAGAAUGUACGAGAUAAAGUUUCUAGAGAACUAAUGAGUUAUGGGAUAGUCAUUGAUGAACGUGAUGAUACUAUUAGAGUUGCACCAACUCCUAUGUAUAAUAAUUUUUCCGAAGUAUUUAAAUUUGUUAAAGCUCUUAAAAUUAUCAUGAGUGAUUUAGGUAUUAAAAAGUAGUAUUUAUAAUAUUUAUGGUUUGUGUAGAUUAUUUAGUUUAAAUUUAUGUAGUUCACAAGUUAGAUUAAAUUGUUCUUGGAAAUGUAUAUUAAAUAAUUCUUUAUUGCCUAAAUAAAUGUGAAUCUCUG